AUUUUAAUCCAAAAACUCGCAAAAUCAGAUAUAAACAAAAUUUAAGGUUAAAUUUGAUCUAUUAAGGAAGAUUGGAAAUCAUGAAUUACGCUGCCCGAAGAAUAGUGAAAAUAAGCUAUUCCCAGUGCGGUGCAUGAUCUCAAUGGUGACUGUUGAUAUUAGUGUAACAAAACUGUAAAUCUGGGGUAAACUGUAAAACCUUUCAAAAAUAAUGAUUAACCUCAGUGCUACAGUAUUUGAAUGUUAAUUAUAAUUUGUGAUAAAAUAUUAUCAUUUGAUUGUUAGAGCAUAUUUUUAAAAAUUAUUGUGUGUCGAUAAUGAAGGAAAUUACUAUGCAGCAAAUGGAGCCAUCUGAUUGCAGAGCGAACUAGAAAUGUGAAAUAUUUGAUUGCAAUUUACUUUGCAGGGCAUUCAAGGUUGUUUGAAGGUGGUUAUCGUUUCUGGUCGAAGGCGCAAAUUUCUUCAAAAUCGCAAAUUUAUCCGUUAGAUUACGUUUAUUAUCGAACAAUGGACCCAAUUGAUGGACCUUUUUUAAGCACAUUGUUUCCGAAUUUAAUAAUUGCUGACUUAUGUAAGGAAUUUUAUGCAAAAGUAGGAGCGCGCUUGUAUAUUUCGAAUGCAUAUAAAUCUUUAAAAGGAAUUAUUCUGCCAUACCAUGAUUCUAUUCUUAAAUAUUGUGAUAAACUCGAAAUGCUAUCUAUUCAAUAUGACCACCAAUACAUAGUACAUAUGCUUCUUUUUGGUGGCCUAAUGCGUGAACAUGACAUCAAGCAGUUGCACCAUUGGGAUUACACUUUAGACGAGUUUGCGAAAAUCUCAGUUCGUUUUCAAAAUCUACAAAGACUUUCUAUAUCUAAAUAUGAGGGCGGGAAAGCAGAUGGCUGCUACGAUGGUUUCGAAUUACCAAGACUUAAAAUGCUUGAAUUGAAUAUAGAUUCCUAUGAGGUUGAAUUCAUUUAUUAUGGUUUCCAGUUUAUACUUUGCUGUCCAAACUUACAAAGUGCGUAUAUCUCUUUGUAUUCUAAUCGCUUUUUUGUUGUUGAUUCAUGCGAACACGAAUCUUUGCAAGAUUUAGUUUUAAGCUUUAACGUUGAUGAUGUCGACUGCAAUGAAUUGGAAAAGGCUUUGAUAAAAUAUCCAAAUCUUAAACAUCUUGCACUGGACUGCCGCUAUCUAUUCAACCAAAACCUGAAAAAUGAACAUGUUGAGAAUUUGGUCUGUAUUUUACCGAAUUUAGUGUUAUUCGUAGUUCGUAAUUGUGAGGGAGUCACUCAAGAGGCUGCGGAUUAUAUUCAAGAAUAUAAUAAAUUACAUGGAAGAUCAAUCAAGUUUUAUUUUGAUCAAAAUUACCAUGAAAUUCAAUCAGAUUGGCCUCAGUUAUCCACUAAAUAUGAACGAAUUAGUCAUGGUUUUGAUUUCAUGAAACACUGCUUUCUCAAAGAGAGUCACCAGCUGCCUAUUUUCUUAGUCCCUAAUGAGGACUAAAUAACCAAAUGCACACAUCUAUCUAUUAUUGAUAAUGAUAUUGUGUAAGUAACAAUCCGGUCAUUCAAUUGAAUAUUUUAUCGUUUUUGAAAAUUUUAAAAUUAAUAAAUUGGUUUUUUAAUAGA